CAUCCCAAAGAGGUAUAUUAUGAAGAGAUGGACAAAGGCUGCAAUGUGUACUCGGGUUGAUGAUAAUGUUGUAGCUGAAUCGGGAGUUACACCUUCAAAUGUGUGGAGAUUACAUAUUAUUAGGACUUUUAUAAGGCUUGCUGAUCGUGCACAAAUUGAUUUAAAGUCGCGAACUGUCAUUGAGGAAGCUAUUGAUGAGUGCACCAACAAAAUUGAUAUUCUUCUAAGGAAAGAUGAAAGUGAAAAUCAAGAGUCUUCAAAUACUGAUUGUCAGUCAACUGUAACACAAGAUCAAGGAGAUGGUAAUUUGUUGGAACCACAAGGAGUAAAUGAAGAAUGUGUUCCUCAAACUGAAGAUGUGAAUGGUAAACAAAAAGAUGUAGUUCAAGUAGAAAUUAAAGAUCCUAUCAAGAGAAGAAAGAAGGGGCAAAGAAACACUAGACCUAAGAGUACACAAGAAAAGAUAACCAACAAGCUAAAGGGUCAAAAAAUCAAGUCAUGGAAAAGGAAAACAACAAGAGGUGUUUCAAAAUUGAAACAAAAAGCUCAAACUACGAUUAAGGAAUUUAUGGUUGUACCAAAAGGAAACAUAUUGGCACAUUCAAAUGAGUUUGGAGGAUCAUUAGAGUAUUUUGAACCUGAUGAGUAUUUUGGAGUUCAUGUACUUCCUUUUGAACCUUGUCAUUAGUAAGAAAAUUUAGAUUUAAUGUUAGUUUUACUUUUUUUUUUUAUAUAUUUUGUAGUAGAUUCAGCAUAUUAAAGGUUUUUUGAACUUAUAUGAUUUCUUAUAUAGCAUAUUAUAUACACUUGUAUUCAUUUCAAAUCAAAUAAACAAUAGUCAUUCAUUAAAAAGAACAUGUCAUUGAUUAAAAAGAACAUGUUCUUUAGUCAAAAGAACAUAUCAUAAAUUGUAAAAGAACAUUACUUAUAUAAUAGGAAUAUGUUUUUUGCAAAAAAAAGAACCAAGUCAUAUAAAUACAUAUAAAUAAUUGAAAAAAUAAUAAACUGCUGCUAUUACGUUAAUGUUUCAACAUCCAAAUAAACCUGAAAUUUUAAAUGUUCCCUAAUUCUUUGAAAUGUUUUUUGGCACGAGCACGCAUUUCUGGUUUCUUCAUGUUGAGAUAAGUGGUGAUAAGCUCAUAUGUGUACCUCAAUCUUAGCUUCUUCAAUGCAUCAAACUGUAAAAAGUGAAUGAAUAAAUUACAACUCAGUCAAUAAAAACAAAGCACAAAUUCAUUUAUAGAUAGACAAAUCUUACAUUAUUAGCUUUGAGACCACAAGUCCAUUUUUUCUUCCCAAAAUAUGUUUCCAUGUGUCUCAUUGCAUACACACCACAAUCAAUAUUGUUUUUCUCAGUCUUCCAUGGCAUUUGAACUAACUUCACAGGGUAAUUGGACAUGUUCUCCCCUAUUUUAAUAUCUUUGCUUUGCAAGUAUAACCCAAGAGCAUCUCUCUGUUAAAAAAGAUUAUAAGUUAUUAUCAUAAAGAACAUAAAAAAAAACAUAACGGUUGACUAAAAAGAACAUACGACACUGAAUUCUUACUAAUUUUUCAGGAUAGUCAAAAUAUUUAUUCU